UCUUCUCUCCGCCUCAGUGCAUUUAACUGGCGGGUGAGCCGUCUUUGUAGCUGAAAGUUGUGAUUAUGGCGAUGCUGCUCUACUUUCUCCUCCUCCUCCUCCGCCUCACUGCCUUGCCAAGAGACUCUGCUGCGCUCACCCGCCACGACUUCCCCGACGGAUUCAUCUUUGGAGCAGGCACCUCGGCGUACCAGGUGGAAGGGGCGGCCGCGGAAGAUGGAAGAAAACCCAGCAUUUGGGACACUUUCACUCAUCAAGGUUACUCUUAUGACAAAUCUACCGCAGAUAUUUCAGCAGACCAAUACCAUCAUUACAAGGAUGAUGUAAAACUUAUGCAUGAGAUUGGUCUAGACGCCUACAGAUUCUCCAUUGCGUGGCCCCGGCUUAUCCCAGAUGGAAGAGGAAGGAUCAAUCCGAAGGGCUUGAAAUACUACAACAACUUAAUAGAUGAAUUGAUACGGCAUGACAUACAACCUCAUGUCACAAUCUACCAUCUUGAUUUCCCUCAGUCCCUCCAGGACGAAUACAAGGGACUGCUCAGCCCCAGAUUCGUAGACGAUUACACCGCGUACGCUGACGCCUGUUUCAAGAGCUUUGGGGACAGGGUGAAGCACUGGGUCACCGUCAAUGAGCCCAACAUCGAAACUAUAGGCAGCUUCGACAGCGGCGAGCUGCCACCACGGCGCUGCUCCUAUCCUUUUGGCGUGAACUGCACCGGAGGGAACUCCACGACGGAGCCAUACAUAGCUGCUCACCGUCUCCUGCUUGCACAUGCCUCGGCAGUGUCUCUGUACAGAGACAAGUACCAGGGAACUCAAAGAGGACAGAUCGGAAUUACUCUCUUGGGCUGGUGGCAUGAGCCUGCUACCAAGGCAUCGCGGGAUGCAGCUGCUGCAACGAGGAUGAAUGACUUCCACAUUGGAUGGUUCAUGCAUCCUCUGGUGUAUGGGGAUUACCCUCCGGUCAUGAGGAGGAGGGUGGGCGCACGGUUGCCGUACUUAACAGCAGAGCAGUCGAAGAACUUGUCCGGAUCAUUUGACUUUGUCGGCUUCAAUCACUACCUCGUGGUUCGCGCGCAAUCUGACGAGAGAGCCUUUGAUCGGAAGCAGAGGGACUACUACAAUGAUGCAGCCGCUAUUGCAAAUCCAUUUAAAGACAUCCAAGAGGGCCAUCUUGAGUCUGCUCCUUGGGCUCUAGGGAAGUUACUGGACCACCUGAGACUGAAGUACAGAAAUCCUCCAGUUAUGAUUCAUGAAAACGGAUUUGCAGACGCCCCCAAAACCCCAAGCAAGAUUGAGUUUGACGACGACUACAGAUCAGAGUACCUGCAAGAUUACCUGGAAGUUCUCUACCAGUCCAUACGGAACGGAUCGGACGCGCGGGGGUACUUCGUGUGGUCUUUUCUCGAUGUGUUCGAGUUACUGUUCGGCUACGCUUCGCGAUUUGGCCUGUGCGGCGUCGACAUGAACGCCGUGGAGAGGACGAGGUACAUGAGGAACUCCGCCCGCUGGUACUCCAGCUUCCUCAAAGGCGGCGAGCUGCGGCCGGGGUCGCCGUCGGGGAAAGGGUACGGCGUCGCAUGACGUGCUUCUUGGAUACUGCCAUAGGAUGCUUCAGCUGUAGUAUUUCCGUUUGGAAACUGAAUUAAGACCGCACGCGUAGUUGCGCCAAUAUCUGCGCUCUUCGAGAUAAUAAACAACGUGUUGGUCACUUUCAAGCCUCGCGUCCUCACAUUAGAUGCCUCGUGACUUCGUGAGCGAGUUGUGAGCGCGUGUCGAAGGACGACGUGAAUCCUGUGCGUGUGUGGGUGCGUCCAAUUUCCAAAGAUGUGGCACGAGCCGUGAAUCGGGAAAAUCUUGGAAGAUAAACCCUGCUUCCUCCAUUUCAUAAAAGUUGGCGUAUUUUGUUUCGUUAA